GGAGAGCAGCAUGGAGCCCUUGGCCGACAGGCUCGCGACCGCGGCUGCACGGGGUCGGGCCGAAGAGGUGCGGGCGCUGCUCGCGGCGGGGGCGCAGCCCAAUGCGCCGAACCGCCUGGGUCGGAGCCCGAUUCAGGUCAUGAUGAUGGGCAGCGCCCGCGUGGCCGAGCUGCUGCUGCUCCACGGCGCGGACCCCAACUGCGCGGAUCCCGCCACCCUCACCCGACCUGUGCACGACGCCGCCCGGGAGGGGUUCCUGGACACGCUGGUGGUGCUGCACCGAGCCGGGGCGCGGCUGGAUGUGCGCGAUGCCUGGGGCCGCCUGCCCGUGGACCUGGCUGAGGAGCGGGGCCACCGCGACAUAGUCCGGUACCUUCGCGCAGCCACGGGGGGCACCGGCAGUGGUAGCCACACCGGUACAGACGGUGCAGAAGGUGUCGCAGACAGCCGGACUUAAAGAAUCAUUGAGAUCUGAAGACACCUCAAUAUGGUUUUGAUCUUCCGUCACCCAAGAGAAAUAACCCCAUCCCACCCAGCUCUUCCCUGCUUUCUUAGUUGCCAUAUAUCAAAUAGCGCUUUUUAAAUCUGCCUUCCCCUUCCCCUAAAUUUACAUUUGU